UUGAAUAACUUCUCCUUUCCUGCUGAUAUAUGGUCCAUUGGUUGUAUAUUUGCUGAGAUGGUCCUCCUCAAACCUCUUUUUGACGGUGCAGAUGAGCUUCAUGAAAGAAUCAGGAUUUUCAGGUGCUAGCUGCUUGUAAACAUAGCACACACCUACUAUUUUUCUGUAUAUUUACCUACAUAGUUUACUUGUUCAAUCUUUUCUCUUAUACGAAGCCAUAUGGGUACGCCGAAUGAAGAAACCGUGCCUGGAGUGACUGCAACACAUGAAUAUCUCCAUUAUUUACCAAAAUAUGAACCUAUGGAUCUUUCACCAAUGUUCCGCAAUCACCUUGAGCCAGCUGGGUUUGAUCUUCUUAUGAGAAUGCUACGUAUGAAUCAAAGCCAGAGAAUCACGGUUGAUCAAGCUCUGAGGCAUGAAUACUUCAGGAAUGUGUAUAUUCCAUUUAUGUAGAAGAUAAUUUCUCAUCAUGACAUCUAUUAUGUAGAAGAUAAAAUUUCUCUUCGAUUAAC